AUGAACGCGGUCCGGUUCCAUGGGCAAUACGAUCUGCGAUAUGAAGAGAUCCCGAUUCCUGAGGUGAAGCCUGGACAGGUCAAGAUCAAGCCAGCUUGGGUGGGAAUAUGUGGAAGUGAUCUUCACGAGUACCUCGGCGGUCCAAAUCUCUGUCCCACAACACCACACCCGAUCACAGGAGAAACGGUCCCUCUGACAUUCGGACACGAGUUCAGCGGUGUAGUCGAGGAAGUAGCCGACGACGUGAAAGACUACAAGAAGGGCGACCGAGUCGUCGUACAACCCAUCAUCUACGACGGGACAUGCACAGCAUGUGAAGAGGGUCUGCACAACUGCUGCUGGAGCAACGGCUUCGUAGGACUAUCCGGCUGGGGUGGCGGACUGGCAGACCAUAUCGUAGUCCAGACUUCAACUCUUUACCACCUCCCGGACAACGUUCCCUUGGAGAUCGGCGCACUCGUCGAACCACUCGCAAAAGGUGAUGUAGUCCUGAUCCUCGGCAGCGGUCCAAUUGGCAUCUCAACAAUCCUAGCCUUGAAGGCGAAGGGCUGCGACAGAAUCAUUGUAUCCGAGGUCUCGCGCAAGCGACAAGAAUUCGCAAAAACAUUCGGCGCAGACUACAUCAUCGAUCCAACGAAAGAAGACAUACCCAAACGCUGUAAAGAGCUGAGCGACGGCAAGGGUGUCCACAUUGUAUACGACUGUGCAGGCGUGCAAGCAGCACUAGAUCAGGCUGUGCAUGCUACACGGCCUCGCGGUUGCAUUCUCAAUAUCGCUAUCUGGGAGAAGCUGUGCACGAUUACGCCGAAGGACUUCAAUUUCAAGGAGCGGAUGUAUAUGGGCAUCGCGACGUACGAGAUUGGUGAUUUCCAGGAGGUGAUUGAUGCGUUGUCGUCGGGGAGUAUAAAGCCUCAUGAGAUGAUCACGCAGAGGAUCAAGUUGACGGAGGUAGAGGAGAAGGGGUUCAGGUCGUUGAUUCACGAUAAAGACAAUCAGGUCAAGAUCUUGGUUGAAGUUGGAGGUGGAGAUUGA